AUUUGCGAAGUAGAAGGAACCGGAAAAUUAACAGGCCGACAACUAUUCCUUCGUGACUCAACAUUGAAUUUGUCCGAUCUGGCACUAAUGCAAGCAGCAGGGAAUGAAAUUGAAUUCGAUGAGUCACUUUUCGACGAGGAUAUUGGUGGCUUAGAUUCUGGUGAGAAUGACGAAGAACAACAAUGA